AUGAUUUUGAGCUUUUCGCUCCUCGCUGCCUUCAUCGGAUGCGCGGCGGCUUCACCCGGGGAUUCGGUUGCAAUGGUCGUCCACGAACAACGGGCUCGUCCAGCGCGCGGUUUUGUCAAUAUUGGCCCGGCACCUGAUGGAGAGCAACUUCAUCUUCGCAUCGCACUCCAUUCCAAUGACUUUGCCGGGCUAGAAGACGAGUUAUACGCUGUCUCUGAUCCAAGUAGCCCUCGUUAUGGUCAGCAUUUGACGCAAAAGCAGGUCGCCCGAUAUAUCAAGCCUUCCGACGACUCUCUUGCGGCAGUGACGAGCUGGCUUCGACAACAUGAAAUAUCUGCAGUGCCCAUUUCGCCUGCGGGUGAUAUUUUGCAAAUUCAAAUAACUGUUUCUCAAGCCAACUCGCUCUUUAAUGCACAAUUCUCGUCUUUCUCCCACCCCGACAUCAAUGGGACUACGACCCGGACGCUCCAAUACUCCCUCCCCGCCAAUUUGUCGCCGCACAUAUCAUACAUUCACCCUGCAACAAGUUUCUCCACCCCCUUUGCGAUGCCCAAGUCCCGUCCCGCCCCCACUAAGCGUGAUGGUAUCGACCCGAGCUGUGCAGAUCUAACCACUAUCUCUUGUGUUUUAGCGGAAUACGGGAUUCCAACGACGCCUGCAACACAAUCAUCGAAUGUGUUGGGCGUUUCAGGGUUCAUCAACCAAUUCGCGAAUUUCCUUGACCUUCGUGACUUUUUGACGCAAUUCCGUCCAGAUAUUUCCCCAACGACCAAAUUUGACGUUCAGCUACUUGAUGGCGGUGCCAACACGCAAGUCCGUCAGUUUGCUGGAACUGAAGCGAGUCUCGACAUUCAAUACACCGUUGGUCUGGCUGCUGGUGUCCCAGUACGAUUCAUUUCCGUUGGCCUGCUCAAUAAUGACGAUGCGGGUGGUUUCCUUGAUCAAAUCAACGCCUUGAUCAACUCGACCUCUCGACCAACCGUACUUAGCACGUCGUAUGGUUUUGGCGAGGACGACCUCACGUUACCUGUCGCAGAAGGAUUGUGCAAAGCUAAUGCGCAGCUUGGCGCUAUGGGAACCUCAGUUCUGCUGGCCUCCGGUGACGGUGGGGUCGCUGGGAGAAGUUUCGAUUGUACAACGUUCAAGCCUACCGCGCCAUCAAACUGUCCAUGGGUCACAUCAGUCGGGGGCUCACAGAUAAUUCUUGAAAAUUUCACCAAGGAUAAUAUGUCCGAAAUUGGGGCCAGCUUUUCGUCCGGCGGCUUCUCCAACCACUUCAAGACUCCUCGGUAUCAAAGACGCGACGUCGAACAAUAUAUUGCUAACCUGAAUGGCACCUAUGACGGCCUCUACAAUCCAAGUGGUCGAGGUUUCCCAGACGUUUCUGCUCAGUCGGUCAACUUUGAGAUUAUCGUCAACGACCAGGCGUACCUUGUCAGCGGGACCUCGGCGGCGGUGCCCGUCUUUGCCUCGGUCAUUUCGUUCUUGAAUGAUGAGCUUAUUACGGCAGGAAGACGACCCCUCGGUUUCCUGAACCCGUUUUUGUACAGUCCAAUUGGGCGGGCGGCCCUCAAUGACAUCACCGUAGGCAGAAAUCCGGGUUGUGGGACCUCUGGAUUCAGUGCUGGGACUGGGUGGGAUCCUGUGACCGGUCUUGGCUCGCCCAACUACACAAGGCUGAGGAAGGCUGUUGGGUUGCGUCCGUGA